AUGCAGGAAAAAAUCCUUAUAUCAAAAAAAGGUGAAUUUACAGAUACAAAAGGGAACGUUAUUCAACUAAGAGGUGUGAAUCUGGAUCCAUCAGUGAAAAUACCAUUCACACCCUUUCAGUCUACCCAUUGUCCAAUUAUUGAGGAUAACUUGUUUAAAAGUGCUCCAGAUGUUAGUUUUAUAAAUCAUCCUUUACCCCUAGACAAGAUUGAAGAGCAUAUAAAUAGGAUAAAAUCUUUAGGAUACAACACGAUAAGAUUCCCAUUUACUUGGGAAGCUUUGGAGCAUGAAGGUCCAGGAAAGUAUGAUUAUGAGUAUAUGGAUUAUGUUAUCCAAGUUCUUCAAAAGAUAAAUAUACUAGGAGGAAUAUAUGUUUACCUUGAUCCUCACCAAGAUGCUUGGUCUAGAUUUACUGGUGGAUCAGGAGCCCCACUCUGGACUCUAUAUGCAGCAGGACUACAACCUAGUAGAUUCAAAAGUACUGAAGCUGCAAUACUGCAUAAUUAUUUUUUCCAAAGAGAGGUUCAGAAUAAUGAAAGUAUUCCAGAUUAUCCAAAAAUGUUAUGGCCAACAAACUACUUUAGGUUAGCUUGUCAAACAAUGUUUACGUUAUUUUUUGCAGGGAAAAUGUUUGCACCUAAAUGCAUCUUAAAUGGUAAAAAUAUACAAGACUACCUACAAGAGAAAUUUAUCAAUGCAAUCAUGGAGUUCUACCAGAGGAUUAUAGAAAAAGCCCCAGAAUUAUUUGAAGAUAAUUGUGUCAUUGGAUUGGAGAGCAUCAAUGAACCAAACUGUGGAUAUAUUGGAGAUACUAAUUUAUCACAAAUACCCAAAGAAAGGGAUCUGAAGCUAGGAACGACUCCUACAGCAUAUGAAAGCUUUUUACUUGGGGAAGGGAUUGAUGUGACAGUAAAGCAAUAUUCCAUUUCUAUUUUUGGACCUUCUGAAACUCAACCGAAAAGGGUUAGUUGCGGAAAGGAAAAAGCUUGGUUAACAAGAGAAGAAAGAGAUGCUAUAGAUGCCAAGUAUGGUUGGUCAAGAAAUAAUGAAUGGGAACCAUAUAAAUGUAUAUGGCGUCAACAUGAGGUAUGGAAAUUAACAGAGAAUGGAGGUGAAUUACUUGACCCAGAAUACUUUUCCAGAAAAAAAGAUGUGGCCCAAGAAAUAAAUGAAGAGUUCUUCAUUAAUAACCAUUUUGUUGAAUAUUAUAAACACUUACAUACCAGAUUUAGAGCAGUAGAUGAGACAAGGUUUUUGUUUCUUCAACCACCCGUAUUUAGAAAGCCACCCAAAUUAAUUGACACAGAUUUGAUAGAUACCAAAACAAUUUGUGCAUGUCAUUUCUAUGAUGGUCUCUCUCUAAUGUUCAAGACCUGGAAUAAGUAUUUUAAUGUCGAUACUUUUGGAAUUGUACGCAAAAAAUAUUCCAACCCAGUAUUUAGUUUGGUCGUUGGUGAGCAAAAUAUAAGAAAAUCUUUUGACAACCAGCUGAAGUUGAUGAAGGAAGAGGUUCGCACCGUUUUGGGAGAACAGGUACCUACUUUUUUUACAGAGAUUGGUAUGCCCUUUGACAUGAAUAAUAAAAUGUCCUAUCUAUCAGGGGAUUAUGCUGCACAAACUGCGGCAAUGGAUGCUAUUGGCUAUGCGUUAGAAAGAAACAAUCUUUCUUUUAGCCUGUGGUGCUAUUGCAGUAGUAAUUCUCAUGAAUGGGGUGAUAAUUGGAAUAACGAAGAUUUUUCAAUUUGGUCAUCUCAGGAUAUCGCAAAGGGAUUUGCCAAAAAUCCUUCUAUAACCCAGAAUAAAAAUCGAGUAAUUCCCGAGUAUAUUAAACGAGUGAAUGAAGAUAUCCCAUGUUUGGAUCAUUAUGUGAAGGUUGAUUCUUUGGACCUAAGUGGUUUCCGUGCUUUGGAUGCCCUUCUAAGGCCAUUCCCUAUUAGUAUCCAUGGACAUUUCGAAAAAGCUGAAUUUCAACUUCGUCGAAAGUUUUAUAAGCUAAAAAUAAUUGGUAAAGCCAACUCAGAUUUUUCCAAUGGCAAAACGUACAUUUUCUUACCAUCAUACCAUUUUCCAAUAGAAUAUGUGACAAUUAAAGCUUCAUCUGGAUCAUUUUCUUACGAUUCGGAACAUCAAGUUCUGAUUUGGUCACAUAACUCGGGAUUACAGUAUAUCAUGAUACAAACCGGCACAUCAUCUAGUCCUAAUUCAAAAGAAUCAAGUCCAAAUUGCGUCAUCAAUUGA